CGAGGCAGGGCGCCAGACACGCCCUUGAGCCGGAGCCGUCUGCCCGCGCGCGCGACACGGGCCCGUCGCUGCAGCCCGGCCCUACGUGAGAGGCGAGGGGAGGUGCCGGCUCUUGCGCGGCUGGGGCUCCGCCCCCGUUUCAGUCCGAGGGCCCCGUCGGCUCCUCCCUCCCGGUGGCUGAGUCGCUUCUGUGGCAGCAGCAGCAUGGCGGCCGUGGAGACCCGGGUGUGUGAAACGGCUGGGUGCAGCCACGAGGCCAAGCUGCAGUGCCCAACCUGCAUCAAGCUGGGCAUCCAGGGCUCCUACUUCUGCUCCCAGGAAUGUUUUAAGGGAAGCUGGGCCACUCACAAGUUACUACACAAGAAAGCAAAAGAUGAAAAAGCUAAACGUGAAGUUUCAUCUUGGACUGUGGAAGGUGACAUUAACACAGAUCCCUGGGCUGGUUAUCGAUACUCUGGUAAACUCAGGCCACAUUAUCCCCUAAUGCCAACGAGGCCUGUGCCAAGUUAUAUUCAGAGACCAGAUUAUGCUGAUCACCCACUAGGCAUGUCUGAAUCAGAACAGGCACUUAAAGGAACUUCUCAAAUAAAAAUCCUCUCAUCUGAAGAUAUAGAAGGGAUGCGAUUAGUGUGUAGGCUUGCUAGAGAAGUGUUGGAUGUUGCUGCCAUGAUGGUGAAACCAGGCAUAACUACUGAAGAAAUAGAUCAUGCCGUCCAUCUAGCCUGCAUUGCAAGGAACUGCUAUCCUUCCCCGCUGAAUUAUUAUAAUUUCCCUAAGUCAUGCUGUACGUCAGUGAAUGAAGUGAUCUGCCAUGGAAUUCCUGACAGGCGGCCAUUGCAAGAGGGUGAUAUUGUUAAUGUGGAUAUCACUAUAUAUCGCAAUGGUUAUCAUGGGGAUCUGAAUGAGACAUUUUACGUUGGGGAAGUUGAUGAGGGUGCAAGGAAACUAGUUCAGACAACUUAUGAGUGCCUAAUGCAAGCAAUCGAUGCAGUAAAACCUGGUGUUCGAUAUAGAGAGCUGGGAAAUAUUAUUCAGAAACACGCCCAAGCAAAUGGAUUUUCAGUUGUUCGGAGCUACUGUGGGCAUGGGAUCCAUAAGCUUUUCCAUACUGCUCCCAAUGUGCCACAUUAUGCCAAAAAUAAGGCUGUUGGUGUGAUGAAGUCUGGUCACGUGUUUACAAUUGAACCAAUGAUCUGUGAAGGUGGGUGGCAAGACGAAACCUGGCCUGAUGGCUGGACUGCAGUGACAAGAGAUGGAAAGCGGUCUGCGCAGUUUGAGCACACUCUUCUGAUCACAGAUACUGGGUGUGAAAUCUUAACUCGGCGGUUGGACAGUGUUCGUCCUCACUUCAUGUCCCAGUAUUAGUUUAGACUGAGCUGACAGAUCUGAAUGAUAUCUUUUGUCUCUGUACUAUGCAUUUUAUUAAGAGUACAGAACAGAGGGGGAUUUUAUCAUUUGUUUUGUUCUCAUUGACUGUAGAUAAGAGAGAAAUACAGCAUUUGGUAUAUAUCUUGAAGAACCUGACCCAACAUCUGAAAAAAGGAGAGAAGUAUUUAAAAUAUUUUCUGCUUCCCUCCUACCCACAACACUUGUACUGUAUUUUUUUUUAUUUUUUUUUCUUCAGUUGCCCAUUUAGCACCUUUCUUUCAAUCAGACCUGCAGUUGUUUCUGUCACAUGCAUGGUAUUAGCUAGAAAGUGCAGGUUACUUUCCCACUGGGAACUUGACGUGUUGGGCAUCAAGUCUCUUCUCACUUCUUCAGUGUGCCUGACUUUUGUCUGUGUAUGAAUGGCACCUGGGAUUUUAAGUGUUUCUCAUUCCAAAGACCUGCUUAGCUACUUCUGCAAACAAUGGGCUUUGUUUAUAACCAGAGAGGGGGAAUAGGUACUUAAAAAGAGGCACAUGUUGCCAAAACUCAUCUACAUUCAAAUUUAGUUCUGUCCCAUCUCUUUGUCAGUUGGCUCUGCUGUAAUUGAGACCAUAGACCUCUCUCUUGCUGGAAAUGGUUAGUGCUGAUUUCUUGCUGUAAAAUUACUAAAAUUGCUUCCUGCGAAGAGCUGCCUUUUCUGAAGAGCAGUGGUUGGCAGAGUUUGGUGCUCCAAAAGUUCACUGUGAAACUGCUAUUUCAUACUUGACAGGGAAAGGAAUGAGCCAACUAACCAAGAAAAAAAAUGAUUUACAAGCUCCUGUGUGUUUUUACUGAGGGGCCUCUCCCCUAGAGAUAUUAGGGGAUGGGGAUUGCAAAGUGAAAGACAUUACAGCAAGAUGAAUUUCAAAACUAUUUCAAAAGAAUGCUCACAUUUGAGUGAAGAGGAAAUGUCUUAGAUACUACUGCUGCUGUAUUAGUAGUUUUCUUGAAUUUUAAGACAGUUUUUAAGUGAAUUUUGUGCUCUUGAAAGGUGUCAGGCUGACAGGCCUGGCAACUGAAGUGCUCUGCCCUCAGACCCGAUACAGCAUGGGCAGCAGUAGUGCAAUUUUCCCCAAGCUUCUUGACUAGUCUGUCACCCUUCUGAUCUGAAAGCUACCAUCUCCAGGACUAUGGGAAUUGAUUAGCCUCUGCCCCCCCCCCCCCCCCCUUCUCAAACUGUAGUGUCUCUGCUGAGAUUUUUUUCUUUUCUGAAUCAGUAAUGAAAAUUAUUUCACCCACAGUUACAGACCUAGUGUCUGUCUUCCUUACAACACUGUAGUGCCAGAAAAAAUUAAACCAAUGAAGACAAAUCAAAUAAUAAAAUCAUGGGCAUAAAGUGCACAUUUUACUAGGUGUCUGACUUCUUGUCACAUAGGGAGCCUGGUCUUUGAAGGUACUGAGUGUCCUGACCUCUCGUUGGCUCCAAUUAAACUCAAGGGCAGUUAAUGCUUCACAAAACUGGACCCAUCGUGGUCACAACAAAACACGAAACUUGCCAGAAAAUGUCUUCUCUUCCCACAGUGCCUCAAACCUUUAUUGCUGUAAGAGUAUCAUUGUGAUAACAUUUUCAUUACCUUUAUUAUUUUUAAUGAUACAGUAAAAAAUGACCUGAAAUGGUUCACGUGUGUGCGCGUGUAGAUUUUAACUAAACAGACUGCAAUACUUGAGUGGAAUUACCUGUGUUCAGUGCCAUGUAUGUAAUGUAUUAAGGAGAUUAAAAGUUGGGAUGACUAUCAUGGAGAUUUGCCCACCAUGCCAGUCACCUGAGUGGGUACAAUUGUCUUGCCUUUUUUGUGUUUGCAUGCAUGACAGGAAGUCUUGACUUUGGCAUAUAAAUUAAGAGUUGUAGCUUCUUUUAAUGGAACCUGUAUUUUCAUAAUAUAAAAUCGACGUAGUCUUUGAGGCAUGGACAUAUGCAAAUUUGUUUGAACCUGUCCAAAUUCCUACCAUAGAUGCACUUAAACCAGUGUAGAUAAAUUCCAUUAAUUUAACGAUGUGCUAAACUGCUACAAGCAUGGUUUAAUACACAUCUAUGGUAAGUAUUUGCACCAGGAUAACUAAACAGACCAAUGCAACUUUAAUAUAGACAGUCCCUCAUACUGUGCAUUCUGCAGGUAAGCUACAAUUACAACAGCAUUUCAGUUAUCUCUGAAUUAAUGUUUAUUAUAUAAGAGGGUCUAAAUUUAAAUUAACUUUGUUUAGACAGUCUCCUAGUUUAUUUACCAGAUAGCAAAUCAGUCUGAAGUCCAGAUCAGUUUGGUUUUUCUCCUAUUUUUUUUUUCCAGUUUCUAGACAUGUCAAAUUGUAGUUUUGUUUACAAAUGUAUACUAUAUUUCUUUGUCUUCCAAAUUCUAGAAAUAGGUUAGAUCUUAUAAAAGAUUUUAGGGAAACUGCUAAAUGCUACAUGGAAAUUUAAGCAGUUUUUGCUGACUCGUGGAUAUUUUCCAGGAGACAGAUUGUUAUAAUUAAUGCUGAAGAACAAUGCAUUGUAUGAAACCAAACAGACACCAGAAUGACUAGAAGGGGAAGAGGGGAGGAAAGAAGCAGGGUGAACUCUCCAUCCUUUAAAUAACUGCCAUCAAAAUGACUUGGCCUACAGGCUUGUAUUGCUCCUAAAUGGAGUUAGAUUUGUCCCAUAAAGUUCUUAAAAUUGGUAAAUCUUCCACAUGCUACAUUUCAUGAGUAGAGUUAGUCCCUCAUCAGCACUAUUAGGAGAAAACCUUUUGAUGAUCUAUCCCUUCCUUAUCCGUGUAAUUCUUCAGCAGAUGCUUCCUCAAAAAAAUUACUCUAUUUAAUUGAAUGGUCAACAUAUUAGGUGAGAACUUAACUAUAUAGCUUUUAGGCCUUUAUUUAUUUUGUGGGGGUAGAGGUGCCUAUCAGUAAUUGUCCAGGUAUUACAGAAGCUGGCUUUUUACUAACUAAGCCAGAUACUUAUAAAGGUACAAUUACAAUUAAAUCCUUUUAUCUCAUUUUUCUAACAAUGGGGGUGUGUAGUUCUCAUCUGUCACACUACAGAUUGCCCCAUACAGUCAUGCUAGGACAGCAGUUUAUUGGCCAGGAGGAAGAAAGUGAAUUCCCAAUAUCACUUUCUACACAGUGCUGAGUUUUCCUUCAACAUUAUUGUUGCAAGGAGGGCACUUUCCUCACCUCACUUUCAGUAAGAGCAGAUAAAUCACAGCCCACACAGCUGUGGCUUUGGGCCUCAGACUGUAACGAUGUCACGGAAACCUUUGACUAGUUUUAAGGUUUUUUCAAAAUAAAAGGUAAGUCUUAGACAAGUUUGUUUUUGAAUUAGGGCUAUUUACAGUAGCAGCAACAGGUUGGCUGGGUGUUGGGCCUUGAUUUAAAUCACUCUCUCCCAUGCCUCUGGGUUCUACAGCAGUUAAAUCAGGAGAGGAGUUUACUCGGAGGUUCUCCCCUUAGACUACUAUGAAGGAUAAGGUCAGCUUCAGCCUGAAGUGCAGUAGUUCACUGGCAGCCCAAUAAUCUGCAGAAACUAAGCUUCCCCUGAUAAGAGUCUAAUGGCUGUGGUUGAAAAAAACCUUGUACAAUGGUAUAAAAUAUUCCAUCCAUGGGGUUCUCUGCAAUGUGAGAGCUUAACUGCAAUAUUUAACUUUUACUGCUCAUGAGGAUUAGGAAGCUGUUGCAGAUACAACUGGGUCUUCUCCCCACCCCAUUUUGCAUGGGGGGGGAGAGUUUCUCUGUACACAUCUGCAAUCCACAGACCUUUAGGUGUUACGUAGUCCAUCUAAUAACUUUUUAGAAGUAGAGAAAACACAUUAAUGACUGUUGAGGACUGAAAGUUUUUAGGUGGUGUUUA